AUGUCAGACCUGGAUGCAGCUGGGAGUCCCAGCAUUGCACUUCCCCGUCCAGAGGAAUCCGGCGCUCAACAUCUGUGCCAGGAUGCCGAAAGCCUCGAAGGCCAGAGAUCGGGUCGUGUUUACUUCAAUGGCCUCUCUGGACCUCUCGACCCAAGCAUGGACAAGAUGACACUGCAAGAGGCUCCUUCGUGUCUUUACGGUGUCCGAUUGCACUUUCACCAGAAGCGCGGGGUGUCGUUUUUUGCAGUGAAAGUCUUCAUUUCCAGCAGGGACACAGAGGUUAUUGACCGAAAUGCCACCUACACUGACCUUGGGGAGCCGGAGGACUUCUUCGUUGUCCUGGCAAACCCUGGCACAGAGAAAGCAAAGGAUCUUUUCGAUGCUGCGGAGGCUCCUCGCGAGGAUGAAGCACUGCCAAAACUGGAGAAGGCUUUGGAGGAAGUCCACGCAAACGUCCUCGAUGCCCGCGGAGAAACAGCUGCAUGCAAAGCCUGCAGAUGUGGGCACGUCAGGAUGCUUUACAGCCUGCAGCUGGCCCUGGCUGAUUUUACGUUAGCUGACUCUCAAGGCGCCAGCCCAUUGUUCUUAGCCUGCCAAGAAGGGCACGUGCAAUGUGCCAGGUUUCUUCUUGAACUCUGCGGAACGAAGAAAGUCUGCAUUCGCCCGGACGGUGGGCCAGAAGUCUGGGUGGAUUUCGUUGACCGGCCACUCAACAGCGAUGCCACAUCCCUCUAUGUGGCUUCCCAGAAUGGCCAUCGGGGGACCGUACAGCUCCUUAUUCAAUACAGGGCGAAGGUGAACCAGGCGACCCGUGACAAAGCUACGCCCUUGUUCAUCGCUUCGCAGAUGGGCUUCACUGGGAUUGUGGAUGACCUGAUCGAGGCAAACGCAAGCGUUGAUGCUGCAAACAACACUGGCGCCACUCCGUUGUUCAUCGCAUCCCAGAAUGCUCGCCUGGAGAUUGCGCAGAAGCU